UUGAAUAUUUACUUUUAUUAUUCAUGAAAAAAAUAAAAAAAUAGAUACAAUAAUAACUUAUAAUGAUAAUAUAUUUUUUUAAUUUUAAAUUGUUUCUAAAUAAUUUUUAAUAAAUAAAUAUAUAAAUUAAUUCAUAAAUUUUUGCGAAAUUUUUUUAGAUAUAAAGAAAAAAAAUUCAGAAAUAGGAUAAAAAUUAGAAAAUCAAUACCAUCUCUAGAACAUUAUAAAUGAAAUUAAUAUAUAAACGGGAAGAGAAAUAAUAAAAAAAUGAAGUAAAAAUUGAGAAAUUAACAGCAUUUACUAUGCCAUAAAUAAAAUUAAUAUAUAUAGAGAAAGAAAGCAAAUAGAACAGAAAACAGACAAACUAAGAAUUGAUUAUCAACGCCAUCUCUUGAGUAUUAUAUACAUCUUUCUUUCUUAAAAACAAAGUAUAGCAAUGAUUUUUAAUUCUUUUUAAUUCUAUCGUAUUCUAAUUUUUAAAAGAUAUCUUUACUACUCAAGAGAUGACCCUAAUGAUCAAUUUUAUUUCUAGAUUUAUUUCUAGAUUUCUGAUCAAUCUAUUUUAUCUCUAUUCUUCUUUUAUUGUUAAAUUUUUCUUAUAUUUAUUAUUUUUACUUAUUUUAGAGCAUUAGUUUUUAUUCUAUAUCUGUUAUUUUCUUAUUAUGCUCUCUUUAUCUAUAACUAUCUCACAAAAAUUUUAAAGAAAAUAGUUUCAAUUUAUAAAGUUUUUUUUUUAAUUUUCCCGCAUAAUUAUUUUUUGUAGUUGUUCACCAUGAAAUAUGAAACAAAUUUAUAUAGUUAUAUAAACUUAUGGAUUAAGAGAAAAAAUUUCAAGUUUCUCACAUAAUUUCUUCUUUUUAGAUAAGCUAAUCUAAAUUUUAUCUAAUAAAUACAUCAUCUUAUAUCAUUAUAUUUCUGCUUCUUUUCAUUGCAUAUCUCUUUACUUAAAUUUUUCGUAUAAUGUGGUUAACGCGUGAUUGUAUUUUCAGUUUAGAUUUUUAUUAUAAAAUUUUUAUUCUAAUACACUUUUAUUCUAAUAAGUGAUAUAUUUGAAACUUUUGUUAAUAAAUAGUGUAACUAACAAAAAUUUAUAUUUAACGCAUGUUGCAAUUUAUAAAUAAUGAGGUUAAAUAAAAAAUAUAAUAAUAAAAUCAAUUUAUAUUAAUUAUUAUUGUAAUUUUUAGAAACUUGUUAAUUAUAUCAUUUAGACUUAACAAUUAGACAAUUGUUUUUGUUUCUAAAAAUAAUUAAUUAACAAAUUAUUCAUUAUAAUUAACUUUUAAAUAUUAAAUAGUUUUAAAAAUAGUUUUUUUUGUUUUGUGAUGUUCCAAAAUAUUGUAUACUGUUUUAAGUGCAUCAUUAAAAAUAUUCACAAAACUCAAAAAUCAUAUAAAAAAAUAAGAACUAUACAUGAAACAAAUAAAUUUUUGAAAAUGCAAAAAACGAAACAGUUAAAAUCUUAUGUACAUUUUAAUGCAAAAUUAAAGGUACUUGGCAGUGGAGCACUUGGAACCCCACAAAAUAUAUUUUUUAUAACUGAUCAUAUUAAUUAUGUAUUUAAUUGUGGAGAAGGUACUCAACGUUUAAGUCAAGAACAUCAUUGUAAAUUAUCCAGAGCUUAUAAUAUAUUUGUGACAUAUUCUUCUUGGAAAAAUGUUGGAGGUAUUCCAGGUUUACUUUUAACAGCACAAUCAAAUGGUCUAAAAGAAAUAAAUAUUCAUUGUCCAGAAGGAUUUAAUGGUUUUAUAGAAACAAUUAAAUCAUUUAUAUCUUUACCAAAUCUAAAAAUUUCUUAUCCUGUAAUCGAUGAAUCUAAAGUAUAUAGUGAUAAUGUAAUGAAUAUUUCAUAUAUUCCUUUAACAAAAUCUAUCAAAAAUACUGAAGAAAGCUCUUUAAAUUUAAAUGAUAAAGAACAAUGUCAGACAAAUAUAAAUGGUAAAAGAGUUAUUAAUGAAAAAACACAAGAGGAAGAAACAAAAACAGAAAAAAAAAAAAAAAGUAUUCCACAUUUAUUAUGUUUUAUUUGUGAAGUUCAUCCAAAACCUGGAAAAUUGUUAAUAAACAAAUGUAUAGAUUUUGGUAUAUCACCUGGACCAGAUUUAAAUUUAUUAAAACAAGGAUUGAAUGUUACUAAAGAAGAUGGAACAAUUGUUUAUAGCAAAGAUGUAGUAGAAGCAAAUGAACCUAAAACUACUUUUAUAGUUUUAGAAUGUCCAACAGAAGAAUAUUUGGAUUCCAUUACAAAUCACCCUACUUUUUUAAAAUAUCAGACAGAAUCAACAGAAAAGGAAAAUGAAGUCCAUUGUAUAUUUCAUUUCACUCCUGAAAAAAUUUUCACAACUCAACAAUAUCAAGAUUGGAUAAAAAAGUUUCCUUCAAAAACAGAACAUAUAAUUUUAAAUGAUGAAAAUACUUGUAUGGGCAGUGAAGCUGUUUAUAAGAAUCAAUCUUUAUUAAAUAUGUUGCAUCCUGAAAUAUUUCCUUUAUUAAAUAAAGAUUGUUUUGAAAAAGAUAAAGAGAUUAAGAAUAAUAACUUUCAUCGUGCUAGAACAGCACAAAUAUUAAAUAUACGACCAAAUGUAUCUACUUUAAUUAAUAAUGAAAUUUAUAAGGAAUCACAAAACUAUAUUGAUGAAGUUUUAAAAAUUCCUAAUCUUACAAAUGUUUUAAAGGAAUUAAAAGUAAUUAUUGAUGAAAAAUCAUCAGAACUUAAUUUAAAUAAUAUUUCUGAUUAUCCACGAAUUAUAAUGUUAGGUACUGGUUGUAGUGUACCAAAUAAAAUUAGAAAUACAAGCAGUAUUCUUUUACGAAUUAAUAAAGAUACUAGCAUUUUAUUGGAUUGUGGAGAAGGUACUCUUGGUCAAAUUAUUAGAUAUUAUGGUGUUUUAGAAGGUCUUAAUAUUUUACGUACUAUUAAGGCUAUUUAUAUAUCACAUAUACAUGCAGAUCACCAUUUAGGACUAAUUGCUUUAUUAUUACAAAGAAAAAAGAUCACAAGUCAAAAAUUAUAUUUACUAUCACCAAAAAAUCUGAUGCCAUGGCUAAAUUUUUACAAUGAUCGAUUUGAAUCUAUUGCUCAUCAAUAUAUUUUAAUGGAUAAUAGUAAUGUAUAUCUAAAUUAUCAUAGGCUGCCUACAACUUUUGAACUUGAAUUGUACAAUAAAUUAAAUAUUAACGAAAUAAAUACAAUUCAUGUUCCACAUUGUAAAUACUCAUUUGGUAUUGCUAUUACUCUCAAAAAUAAUAAAAAAAUUGUUUAUAGUGGUGAUACUAUAUUUUGUCAUAAUCUUAUAACUUUAGGACAAAAUUGUGAUUUAUUAAUUCAUGAAGCAACUAUGGAAGAUGGUCUUGAAAAAUUAGCAAAAAGUAAAUUACAUUCAACUACUUCUCAAGCAAUAAAUGUUGGAAAAUUUAUGAAUGCGAAGUUUAUAUUAUUGACGCAUUUCAGUCAACGUUAUUCAAAGAUUCCUUCUAUUCCAGACAAAGAAACAAAUGUUGGACUAGCUUAUGAUUUCAUGGAAUUUAAAUUACCGCAAUUACCAUUGUUACCUCUCUUCUAUCCAUGUAUAAAAGUGAUGUUUAAUGAAUAUAAUAAAGUAAUGAAUAAUUAAACACUCACAA